AUGAACAAGAUCCAACCCGUGGACGUGAGGCUCGUCCCACCAGACGCCGAGUACAGUAAGACUCCAGCGAGACAGCUAGAGGCAGGAGAAGUCGACCUGGCUAUCUGCCCGUCCGAAUCCUGCAUCGCAUACAACGAAAGUGGCAAGCUCCGACUUCAAGCCGUAUAUGCUAUUUUGCAGAAAGAUGCUUCGGCCAUCGUCGGAACUAAGCUGAACAGCAUGCGGGAGCUCGGUGAGGGCAAGACGUACGGCAGCUAUAAUGCGAGGUAUGAAGACUCGAUUGUUGCGGCGAUGGUCGAUCAUGAUGGUGGCGAUGGAAAGCAAGUCCGUAUUGAGCGCUCCGAGGGCAAGCUCAGCAUGUUUGAUGCUGUCAAAGCGGGCCGGCUUGACGCGACCUGGAUCUUCCUUCCUUGGGAAGGGAUGGAAGCUGAGACCGAGGGUGUCAAGACGAACACCUUCACCCUGGCGGACUACGACAUCCCGUACGGCUUCUCUCCUAUCAUUGCUCGAAAUGCUGCUUCCAGUCCUGCAGACGAUGUCCUCGCUGCAUUUGUCGUGGCGACUCGCGAGGGAUACCAACACGCGAUCGACAACCCCCAUGACGCGGCAGACAUUCUUCUCGGAGUCGUCACCCCUUCAAGGUCCAAGGAUUUCCUGCUCCAAAGCCAGUCCCGCAUCAACGAAUACUACUCAGAUGGCCACAAACUCGGCUACAUGGACGCUGCCAAGUGGACGCACUUCUUGACUUGGCUCAAAAAGCAGAACUUGCUCCAUGGCCCCAGAGAUGUCAGCGACAUUGACCUCUUCACUAAUGAGUACGCUCAAUGA